AUGCCCAUAUAUAGCGCAAGUGUGACUGCCCGUCUGGCGCAGUCAUCUCCAUCUGUGUCCGCCGAGAAGGGCGCAUACCGCAUGCGUGCGCCGCCAACCCGCUCGCCGUCCAAGCUGCCACGCCGCUCGCGCGUCCACCAUCCGACGCCGUCGUCGUAUGAGAAGCAAAUGGCGGUCCUUGUCGUCCUCCUGAUCUCUGCAACCCUGUCCUCAUUCGGCGCGGCGUACUAUCUAUUCACGACGAGGUGGGAGGCUCGUGCUCCUCCUUAUGUGCUAGGCGGCUCUGACGCUAUCUCUCGGCCUCAAGUCGUCCAGUUUGACUUUGACUCUGACUUCGACCCGGCACCAGCUGCGUCGACGCUCCCGUCGGGCGACCCUGGAGAGAGAUAUUUGGCUUAUUUACCGCAUAGUGGUUUCCAUAACCAGCGUAUUGCUUUCGAAAAUGCUCUCGUGUUGUCGCGCUUACUCAAUCGAACUUUGCUUGUCCCUCCUGUGCGCCUGGGCGAUCUGCCGAUCUACUAUCAUCCCUUCGAUGAGCUGCGCGGUGCGAUCAACAAUUCAAGCAAGUCUGGCCUCGCGUUCUGCAAGGGCCUCUCCUCGGAGGAUCUGUAUGUUGCCUCUGAAUGUCGUGGAUAUCAUGACUACACGUUUGUACCCUGGGAAUGGCUAGUCAACCUGAACGAAAUUAAGAAGGAACAGAAGCUGCUAGCCUGCUGGAACUUGACCGACGCCUGGCUAGAAGAGCAACUUUUCAUGAAAAGUGAAGACGUCUUCUACCUUAGAGACACUGCUCGCAAUCACUAUGGUUUUGUCGACUUUGCUCAGUCUUCAACUCUCCUCUCCCGCAAAUAUCUGGAGUCCCUCUACAUACCCUCUCUGGAGCCUCGGUCAGAACGUCUCCUCUUCCUGGGAACGCUCUUCGGCUCCUCGCGCCUACACCUGCGUAAACCAGGAAACUACAGCUUUCGUAAACGCAUCCGGCAGUCCAUGACAUUCACCAACCCUGCGCUGACUGCAGUAGCCGACGCCAUACGCGUCGCGCUCGGCGGGCAGUACCUCGCAGCGCAUAUACGCCUUGGUGACGGCCUCUUCCUCGAGAAUGCGCACGGCAAUGUCCGCCUUGCGUGGUGGAAGCUCGUGCACGGCUCGCUCGGUCUUGCCGUGGAGGACGUCCUUGCGCUGGAGCGCGCAUUCUACUUUGGCGACACAGAGGCAAACCUGGAAGACGUGGUCCUCGCUCCGCCCCGCAUCCCUGCAGAUAUCCCUGCGCUUCGCGUCCCACACCCGCCGCUACCGCCACUCUCGGGGAACACUUUCUCGGGGAACACUUCGCACGAACUCGUGUGCCAUGGGCCACUGCACACAUCGCCGCUUCUGCAGGUGCUGAACACGCCACUCUUUAUAUCGACGGACGCGUUGGACCCGCGCACCGAGCCGCUGCUCGCGCGCUUCGUGCAGACGUUUCCAUGCACCGUAUUUCUGUCCGACUUUGGGAGAUAUACAGCUGCACUGGACGGCCUCGAGAACGGGUAUGACGGACUGCAGCUCAAACCGUUCCUGAUUCCGUUCUUGGAUGCGAUGAUAGCGGCGCGGGCAUGGCAGGUCGUUGGUACUGAGCAGAGCACAUUCAGUGCGUUCGUGCAGGAUGUGCUAUGGCGAACUUACCAUGGUUUCGAGAUUGUGCAGCGGGGCUGA